AGGCCUGCUUGAACGUCAAUCCCGAGUCGCGACUGCUGGAAUGAACACGUUUCGCCCAUCGGGAGCUCAGCAUCCUUCAGGAUGGACGGUACUUCCAGGGUCCACACCUUCUGGCUCGCGCGCUUCGUCUGAGAACGAGACGGUUCCGGAUUCAAGCCAGGCAGAUGAUAUGGUCGAUGAAAUUGAAGAGACCCCGUCUCCGUUACCUGUCACUAAUCGGAAGCGCAAAGGACCUUCUGCUGCCGACAAACCUCUAUCCAAUUAUUCAAAGAGGAGCAGAGUGAGCGAUGCCGACCCACCUCAGAGAACAAGCGGUUCUGGCGCCAGCCCAGUAGCUGGCCCAUCGCAGUACAGAGAAGAUCCUGGCGUGAGCCAGAGUCGGUCACCAAAUACUGCCCGUCGACCAUUUCUGAGACGUAAAGACAGUUCAACGUCUCAGUCCAUUAUACGAUCGGAUAGUUCAGGUUCUUCGACGCGUCAACGUACCCCUCCAAUUGCUCGCAAGAGCGUGGCUGGACGUGGUGGUCCUUUUGGGCGCCGACCCCGUGGGACGUUUUUCACAACACGUCGAAGACCAAUUUCACCUCCUACCGCUAUUCCUCCAGGCGUUGUGAAGAAAAAGAAGCCACUUGCGCCUUUGAGAGACCUGUCGUCGUCGUCAGACGAUGACGAUGUGUCUCCUCCAGUGCCCGGACUGAAACAGGCUAAGCGGAUUAACGCGUCUCGAGGUAUAAAGAGGAGGCUUACAACUGGGUCUAUUGUUGCUGAUAUUAUCAAUCUCAUUUCUGAUGAGGAACCAGAUUCUUCUAAUGUUACUUCGAAAGUCUCAUCUUCUGCGGGGCCAUCCGGAGCCCAGCGUCGUCAUACAAUGAUGCUCGACAAUGAACUGGGAAAGAGCAAGGACACACCUAUUACGAUCAGUGAUAGCGAGGAGGAGAUAGAGGUUGAUGCACCUUGCUUGCCAAGUGAGAUCCCUUCAGUCAGUCAGCCAGACCAGGAGUCGACUACGAGUUCAUCUUUGAACAAUCAGUCACCGCUGGUAGCCAGUCCCGAGCCCAUCCCUGAAGACAUGCAAAACCUUUAUGAUGACGACCUCCCACCUAUGGACGAGGACCUGCCUCAGUCGGGAAGUAUGAGCAAACCAGUCUCUAUCGCAAGUGCAUCGACUGAUCCCAUUCUUCCGGCUCUGGAUGGAAUGUCGCUUGAAUCGUCGCCACUGGAAUCUGAGGUCGUACCUAGAUCUGCUAAGCCUCGAUUGCAGUUGAAGCGAGUAGACCGUAGUGGGAAGUUCAAGAUGAAAGGCACCCUGUUUGGCGGCUCGUUCUUUCCACAUCGCUCCAACAAGACAGUUCCUACGGCUCCAGAAGUUGUGAAAUCUUUGGCGAACAGCACUGAACUGGAUCUUCAAGGAGUCGGUGACGAAUCUCUGUCCCCAAAGUUGGCGUCCUCUGCUUCUUGUCUCCUAAACAUACAACAUACGCCGCCUCACGCGAAUGACCCGAGCGAGGUCUAUGAAAAGGAAGCACCAACGUCACUAACUAGGUCGGAGUCAAAGCCUCCAAUAGCGAAUACGAGUGCAGUGCAGUCUACUUCAUCUAUUUCUAGCUCCGAUCCUGCUAAGGAAUCCCUGAGACUCCAAUCAGGUCCGACUUCGUCAGCGCUCGGUUCGCCUCAGUUAGAAGGAUCAAAGUCGCCCGUCAAGUCUCUCGCAUCAGCAUCUUCCAUCCCGCAGCAACAUGCUGAAGCCGCGAUUGAAUCGUUGUCCGACGUAAUCAACCGAGCGUACAUGGACACUGCUCGGAAGGUGGUAGAUUUAACGUUGUCUGAUAAUGAGGCCGCAUCUCCUCCACGGUCGCCUCUAGAGCCACCUCGAAGCCUAGAGGAUAUGAAGCGACCAGCGACCGCUCGUUGGAGCUCUUCACCUACGACGAGCAGGGGAAAGACAUUGAACGCUCCUCCUAGUUCGCCCUUGGAACCAGAUAACAGAAUGUCCGAAGAGAACGAGGUGUCGACAAUGAUCGCAAGACCCCCCGUUGCAGGCCAGUCUGAUUCGGAGAUGGAGGAGGAUGUUCAACCAAGAAGGCUCAGACGUAGCACUCGACGCUCGAGACGUAUAUUGUCGAGAGAGAGGUCAAAACAAUCCAGCCAAUAUGACUCCAGAUCGACCAGUGCCGAUCCUCUUGAUGUGCUUCCUCGCAGACGACAACCGAUCUCGCGCUCCAGUAGCGGUACAUCAGAAGAAUUCGCUAAGUCAUUGGCUGGUCUGAACAUCACUGGAAUGACCCACUUCUCCUGGCGUCGGAACGGUCAAUACGUUGCCAAGGAGUUCGCGGACAUGACUAAACUUGCGGAAGACCUUCCUCACGAGCUUGAGGAUAGGCUAAAUGCGUUACCAUUUGCUGCGAGGAGCGCCGCCGACAUGCAACGCAAGCUGUUUGCGGCCAUUAUCAGUAUAAACACUGCUAAGGAGGAACCUAACGCACCUCCGAUCAGUAUUGUCAACGAGAUAGACAGGGAACCAACGCCAGCAUACGAAUUCCAUUAUACUAAUCUCAUGUGGCAUAGUCCGAAAGCUCCUAGGCCUGAUUUCGAUGCACUUAAGGGCUGCGAUUGCGUGGGUCUCUGUAAUCCAAGGAGUUGCGCUUGUGCAAAGCGUCAAAGGGAGUAUCUCGACGACCCGGAGCUGCGUAGUUAUGGAUUCCUUUAUGACAAGGAUGGAAGGCUCGUCGUCCAUCAGUAUCCUAUCUUUGAAUGCAAUGUUUUCUGUGGAUGCGAUGACUUCCUAUGCCAAAACAGGGUUGUGCAGAAAGGUAGAAAUGUGAGCCUCCAGAUCAAGAAAACUCCCAAAAAAGGAUGGGGAAUCUUUGCAGGUCAAGAUGUACCAGCCAAUUCUUUUAUUGGUAUCUAUUCUGGAGAGUUUUUAACUGAUAAGGAAGCCCAAGAGAGGGGGAAGAAGUACAAUCAGUUUGGAAGGACCUAUCUGUUUGAUUUGGAUUUCUGGUACCUAAAGACAAACAACAAGAGAUGGAAACCCAAAUUCUGCAUAGAUGCAUACCAUGCCGGAAAUUUCACCAGAUACCUGAACCACAGUUGUGAUCCCAACUGUGUGAUCAAUCCUUGUUAUAUUAAUGAGGCAAAUAUUGAAAAACCUCUCCUCACUAUAUUCACCUGUAGGGAUGUAGCAAAGGGUGAAGAACUCUGCUUCUCUUACUUUGGGGAGAUGACAGCAGAAGAGUUAAAUGAGAACAUAGAGAAUGAUGCAAUCUAUGCUCCAUGCCAGUGUGAAGCUAAGAACUGCACUGGAAGGAUGUGGAAAUAGAUGAACCAAGAUCUUUAUUAUAUCCAUAGCAUACUGGUAAUAUGUACAUGUAGUAAUCUUCUUGGAUGGAUGGCUAUAGUGACAUCACUGGAGUAUGAUUC